AUGGGUGAGCAAGUAGAAAAGUCUAUGCUUAGCCUAGUUAAAAAAAGCCUAAUAUUUGUGCGUACUACUUUUGACGAUUUUAUCAGUAAAGAGGAGUUAUUUGAUAUCUGCCCUCUUUAUGGAACGACUAAAGGAAAAGACAUCUAUGAGGCUGUGAAGAAAGCAGUUGAUAGAAUUGGAGGUUUCGAUAAAUGUUCAGCCAUAGCAACAGACGGGGCCCCAUCAAUGACAGGUAAAAAAACUGGAUUAGUGGGUCUGCUUCGAGAGAAUGGUGUUACUUGUCCUGCAAUCCAUUGUAUUAUACAUCAGGGAGCUUUAUGUGGAAAAUCAGUCAAGCAAAAUCAAGUUUUUCAAACCGUGAGUAAGAUUAUAAAUAAGAUUAGAGGUGGAAAUCGAUCCCUUCUACACAGGCAACUUAGGCAGUUUUUAGUGGAAACAGAGGCUAAGUAUGGAGACUUGCUAAUGUACAACCAUGUAAGGUGGCUGAGUGCAGGAAAGUGCAUGGAACGGUUUUUUGCCAUAAGGAAGGAAAUCCCUGCAUUCCUCAAUGAAUACGUUUUAUCGGACACAACUGAACUGGAAAGAAAGCUUAAGGAUCCAGAAUUCCUCAGACAGUUAGCUUUUUUAACAGAUCUGACUAAUCAUCUUAACAGUUUAUACUUGAGUCUUCAAGGAAGAAACCAGACGGUUUCAGAUUUAAUCGGAAAAAUAAACGAAUUUCGCAAUAAGCUGAGCGUGCUUAAACAUGCUUUGGAAAAGAACAACCUGACAUACUUCCCUAGCUGUCUGCAACUAACAGAAGAAUUCAAUAGUGAGGAAAAUAUUGAGUUUCCAUGCUGCAGUUCACAAAUUCAACAAGUUAUUGAUGAAUUCAAUACAAGAUUUGAAGAAAUCGAAAGUCUCAAAAGCAGUUUACUGCUUUAUAAUAAUCCUUUUGGAGUAAUCAUUGGAGAUCAACCACCCGACUUACAAAUUGAGUUAUGUGACCUUCAAGCUGACAUGUUCCUAAUCACCAGACAAGAAAGGGAACCUGAAUUUUUCAAAUUACUGUCUAAAGAGAAAUUUCCAAAUUUGCGAGAUUUUGGACUGAAGAUUACAUCAAUGUUCGGAAGCACAUAUACAUGUGAAAGUGCCUUUUCCUCCAUGAAGUACACUAAAAACCACAACAGAAGCAACCUCACCGAUUCUUCCUUACGUCAUCUCAUGAGACUGUCUACAACUGAACUGGAGGUGGACAUUUCCUCAUUGGUGGAUGAAGCCGAUCGACCACAGUCUUCACAUUAUUCUCUUAGCUCUCAAAAAAAAAAUAUGUAA